AUGGAGCUUGAGGAUGCCUUCAGGAAGCGCGCCCGCGCAAGUGGUGUCGUCGAUGGAACCUCGGCCGGCGGCCCGGACCGGCUGAGCUCUCUGCCGGACUGCCUCCUCCAUACCAUCAUGUCCUCAUUGAAAGCCCGGCAGGUGGUCCAGACAAGCGUUCCGUCCACACGGUGGAGGCACCUCUGGCGCUCGGUGCCGUGCCUCGACAUCGACUUUGAUGAAUUCAGCAACAUGGCGCCCGCUUCUGACGUCUUCGAUAGCAACGAGAGCGAGGAUGAUACCUCUGAUUCCGACAGUGAUAACUGGCACAACCACAAGGACUGGGAGCACUUCACCAAGUAUAAGGACUGGGAGGAUUUUGAGGAUUUUGCUGUGACCCUGAUGCGCAGCUGUCACAUUGCACAGUUGGAUUCAUUCUGGCUGCAUGUUGUCCAAAGCCGAGCACCGGAGUUUGGCAAUAGAGUGGCAGCAGGAUGGCUCCGUCGUGCCAUGAAAUACUGCACCCCGGAUCGUGCCAGUUAUCAGGGAUUGAGCUCCGGUUCCUGGCGACUCAAAAGGCUGCAUCUCUGCCAUUUCAGUGUGCUGCUGGAGGAUUUGGAGCUGGACGAUUGCGGUUGUCAAAUUCAGUCAAUCACCUCCCACUCGCUGAAGACCCUGGUUCUGAAAAAAUGUCGUUGGCGCAAUCGUUCUGAGAUUAUAUCGCCCACACUGAAGACUUUGGUUAUUGAUGGCGGCUCAAAUACUGAUGCCUGUGUGCUUGUUAUCUUGGCCCCUGCUCUUGCAUAUCUGCAUCUGGCUAUGGAUAUUGCCCUCUUUCGUGGUGGUGUUUCAUUAAACGAGGUGCCAUCCGUUGCCAAGGCAUUGAUUCAUCUAUGGGGUCACAGACACCGUUCUGUCAGAAGUAAAAUUGGUGGCGAUCAAUUCAAGCUUCUCUGUUGCAUAUCUAAUUCGACAAAUUUAGAAUUGUCGGGUGUUGGGACAACAGUGCUCAGUAAGGAACCCAGAUUCCAAGAAUUCAAGAACCUGAGGAACUUAUUGCUGGACAAAACUGAUCUUAGUGAUGACUUCAAGACAUUGGCGUUCUUUCUUCAGAGUUCUCCUAUUCUUGAGAAACUCACUUUGCGUCACUGCGUGUUCCCAGAAUAUUCUAACAAAAAGAAGGGAACGCCCAUACUCAACAAGACCUCAUCUUCUGAGCUCCGGGGACUGGAUUUGCUGUGCGAGAACCUCAAGGUUGAAAUCAUAUAUGGCUAUGGCUAUGGACCCCACCUUAUCAGGCUUCUGCGGCGUGUUUCAGUGAAUCUGUUGAAGAACCACAUUAAACUCACCAAAGUUAAUUAG